GCGCGAGUUUGUGGAUCUACCAUUUGUUCGCAGUUAUUCUCCUCUUCAUUCUCGUAUAUACUCCGUAAAUGUUGAAUAACCCGGACUUCUUUUAUUCUGAGGUCCCUCCCCACGCUAAAGGCCCCAGAAGGGGUUGAAGCUGCGCAGGCGCAGCCAUGACUGUCGGCAGCCAGAUACGCCUUUUGCUAUGGAAGAACUGGACACUCCGGAAACGUCAAAAGAUCCGCUUUGUGGUGGAGAUCCUAUGGCCAGUUAUUUUGUUCAUUGGUCUGGUUUGGCUGAGGAAAGCAAACCCCUUGUACCGCCAACAUGAAUGUCAUUUUCCAAGCAAGGCCAUGCCCUCCACUGGAAUCCUGCCGUGGAUUCAGGGCAUUUUUUGCAAUGCAGACAACCCAUGCUUCCGACACACUACACGUGGAGAAACUCCUGGUGUGGUGUCUAACUACAACAACUCUGUGCUGGCUCGGUUCUACGCCGACUCACAAAAGCUGCUCCUGAAUGACCCAGAGUUCCAACAGCUGGGCCAACUGUGGGGAGAGCUGUCUGCCAUGAGUGACUUCAUGGACACACUGCGCAGCCAUCCAGAGCGUGUGGCAGGCCGCGGGCUGAAGAUUGAGGAUAUCCUGAAGGACGAUGAAACCCUCACGUCUUUUCUUCUGCGAGAUGCUGGACUCUCUGACUCAGUCGUGAACCAGCUGAUCAACGCCCUAGUCAAAGUGGAACAGUUUGCGUAUGGCGUGCCGGACCUGACUCUGAAGCAGAUCGCCUGCAGCCAGGAGCUGUUGGAGCGCUUCAUCAUCUUCCCGAGCCGCCGCGGUCUCUACGGUGUCCGCAACGCCAUGUGUGCCCUCUCACAGGCCCGCUUGCAGAAGAUCGAGGACUCCCUCUACGCCAACGUGGACUUCUUCAAGAUCUUUCGUUUGCUUCCAACUGUCCUGGACGAUGGCACCACUGGGCUGGACAUGGCUCACUGGGGUGUUGUGCUGUCCUCCGUAUCCGACAAGGUUCAAGAGCUGGCUCAGAGAAGUAGUUCCCAGGACCUCCUGAAGGUGCUGUCCCCGCUCUUCCAGUCGGAGGGUCCGGCCUCCUUCGGCCAACUGAUGCGGAUCGUGUCGGACCUGUUCUGCGGAUACCCUGAGGGAGCAGGCAGCCGCGUAAUGUCUUUCAACUGGUACGAGGACAACAACUACAAGGUCUUCCUGGGCGUCAACAACUCCAGGAGUCACGACAACUAUGUCUACGAUGACAGCUCCACUCCCUUCUGCAACAGUCUGAUGCAGACCCUGGAGUCUAACCCCAUCACUAAGAUUGUGUGGAGUUCAGCCAAGCCGCUGCUGAUGGGAAAGAUUCUCUAUGCCCCGGACUCUCCUGCUGUGCGCAGGAUCCUGAAGAGUGCCAAUACAACCUUUGAGGAACUGGAACGGCUGAUGAUCAUGGGCCGGGCUUGGGAGGAAGUAGGGCCGCAACUAUGGAACUUCUUCCAGGACAGCGUCCAGAUGAACAUGAUCCGUGACACUCUCAGAAACCCCACAGUCAUGGACUUCCUGGACCGUCGCCUGGCGGAGACGGAGCUGACCACUCGACACAUCCUCAACUUCCUGUUCAAUGGUCCAGAGUAUAAGCGUGAGGCUGGAAUGCCCAGUGUGGACUGGAGGAGCGUUUUCAACCUGGCGGAUCAGUUCGUACGCACCUUCAACCAGUACGCUCAGUGCAUAAAACUGGACAAGUUUGAGGGCCUAGAGGAUGAGGAGGAGGUGGCCCACAAAGCCCUCUACCUGCUGGAGGAGAACAAGUUCUGGGCCGGCCUCGUCUUCCUGGACAUGUACCCCUGGACCGACGCACUGCCUCCCCAUAUCCGCUUCAAGAUCCGCAUGGACAUCGACGCCGUGGAGCGGACCAACAAGAUCAAGGACAGGUACUGGGACCCAGGUCCUCGUGCCUCUGCUUUGGAAGACCUGCGCUACAUCUGGGGGGGGUUUGCCUACCUGCAGGACAUGGUGGAGCACGGCAUCCUGAAGCUGCAGACCGGCCACGACUGGCCUCUGGGGGUCUACAUGCAGCAGAUGCCAUACCCCUGCUACGUGGACGAUCUGUUCAUGAUCACGCUGAACCGCUGCUUCCCCAUCUUCAUGGUGCUGGCCUGGAUCUACUCUGUGUCCAUGACGGUCAAGAGCAUCGUGCUGGAGAAGGAGCUGCGUCUCAAAGAGACGCUCAAGGCCAUGGGCGUGACUAACGGCGUGCUGUGGUACACCUGGUUCAUCGACAGCUUCCUCAUGAUGACCGCCAGCACCGCACUGCUCACCUGGAUCAUCGUGGCUGGUAAAGUUCUAAACUACAGCAACCCCAUCGUCCUCUUCCUGUUCCUGUUGACCUUCACCUUGGCGACCGUCAUGCAGUGCUUCCUGAUGAGCGUCUUCUUCAACAAGGCCAACCUGGCGGCGGCGUGCAGCGGCAUCAUCUACUUCACGCUCUACCUGCCGCACAUCCUCUGCUUCACCUGGCAGGACCGCAUCACCAAGGAGAUGAAGAUGGGCGCCAGUUUACUCUCCCAGGUGGCGUUUGGCUUUGGGACGGAGUAUCUGUCCCGGUACGAGGAGCAGGGCCUGGGUCUGCAGUGGGACAACAUCCGCACCAGCCCGCUGGAUGGAGACAAGUACUCCUUCAUGACCUCCAUCAGCAUGAUGGCCCUGGACGCCCUCAUCUACGGCAUCCUGGCCUGGUACCUGGACAAUGUCUUCCCAGGUCAAUAUGGAAUCGGUCGGCCGUUCUACUUCCCCCUGCAACCAUCAUACUGGAGAACGUCUGAGUCGUCCAAACCUGAGGAUGAGAUGCCGAUGAUGGAGAGCUUUGGGCGUCCAGACGACGUGGAGAACGUGCGCUCGCCCUCCCCGGCGGACUGCAACGGCUCGGGCUCCAGGAAGCAGUGCAAGCACCAGGAGAAGCGUGAGAGGAUGGAGAGGGAGCAGUGCAAGCAGGACGACCAGGAAGGGGACAACCAGCCCCAGGAGCCAGUCACCUUCUUCGAGUCCGAUCCCCUGGGGCUGCCCAUGGGCGUGUGUGUGGAGGACCUGGUCAAGGUGUACCCUGGGAGCCCCCGGGCGGCCGUAGACUGUCUCAACAUCACCUUCUUCGAGGGCCAGAUCACCUCUUUCCUUGGACACAAUGGGGCUGGAAAGACCACUACCAUGUCUAUUCUGACUGGGCUGUUCCCACCCACCUCUGGCACCGCCUACAUAAACGGCAAGGACAUCCGCACAGAUAUGGACACCAUCCGGCAGUCAAUGGGAAUGUGCCCUCAGUAUAACAUCCUCUUCAACCAUCUGACGGUGGAGGAGCACAUCUUCUUCUACGCCAGGAUGAAGGGCCGCUCCGCGGCCGAGGCACAGCAGGAAGUGGAGUCCAUGCUGGAGGAUCUGGGGCUGCCUCACAAGCGUCACGACCAGGCACAGAACCUGUCGGGAGGCAUGCAGAGGAAGCUGUCUGUUGCUAUGGCAUUUGUUGGAGGGUCAAAGGUUGUGAUUUUAGAUGAGCCAACGUCAGGUGUUGACCCCUACUCCAGGAGAUCCAUCUGGGACUUGCUUCUCAAGUAUCGCUCAGGUCGGACAGUGAUUCUGUCCACCCACCACAUGGACGAGGCUGAUCUCUUGAGUGACCGCGUGGCCAUCAUCUCCAAGGGCAAGCUUCACUGCUCCGGCUCUCCGCUCUUCCUGAAGAACUGCUUCGGCGUGGGCUUCUACCUGACCCUAGUGCGCCGUGUGAAGGAGCCGCAGACCAGGAAGGAGAAUGGCUGCGACUGUGCCUCGGAGUGCUCCUGCACAUGCUCCACCUGCACCCGCCACAAAGAGGAGAGCACGGGCCACUCCCAGCACCUGGAGAGAGCUCUGGACGGUGAUGUGGACAGCAUCACUAGCCUGAUCCUCCACCACGUCCCCGAGGCCAAGCUCAUCGAGAUGGUGGGCCAGGAGCUGACCUAUCUGCUGCCCAACAAGGGCUUCAAGCAGCGCGCGUACGCCAGCCUGUUUCGAGAGCUGGAGGAGAUGCUGGCCGACAUGGGGCUUAGCAGCUUUGGCAUCUCGGACACUUCACUGGAGGAGAUUUUCCUUAAGGUCACUGCAGAUAGUGAGGGAGCCAAUGCCCCUGUCGCUGCAGAGCGGUUUGUUCUGGAACGCCGGAGGAAUGCCGGUGGCCUCCUGAAAGAGAGGGAGGGACAGGAGGUGGCAGACGAUGAAGGUGUAGAUGCCAAUGGGCAGCCUCAUGCAGCAGAGACGGACAGCAAUGCUGGCCGGGGGUCCAGGCAGGUGAAGGGCCCGAGCCUCAUCAUCAAGCAGUUCCACGCCCUGCUGGUCAAGCGCCUCCACCAUUCCACACGCAGCUACAAGGACUUCCUCGCCCAGAUUAUUUUGCCAGCGACGUUUGUGCUGGUGGCUUUGAUUUUCACCACGAUUGUCCCUCCAUUUGGGGAGCACCCCAGCCUGACCCUCACACCCUGGAUGUAUGGACCGCAAAUCACCUUCUUCAGUAACGAGAGGCCAACUCAUCCCAAAAUGACUCACUUUGUUCAAGUGCUCAUGAGCCCACCUGGCAUGGGGACACGGUGCAUGGUGGAUGAGCCGCUGGGGAACCUCACCUGUAGCAACUUAACUACGGAGUGGGCCGUCCCCUCCGUGGACCCAGUGGUCAGCAACAUCCUCAUGAGCCCAGAGUGGAACGCACUAAACCCCUCCCCCACCUGUCAGUGCAGCACCAAUAAGAAGUUGACCAUGCUACCCAUCUGUCCAAUAGGAGCCGGAGGACUGCCCCCACUGCAGAGAAUCGAGCGCUCAGGGGACACCAUGUUGGAUCUGACCAACAGGAACAUCUCAGAUUUCCUGGUUAAGACAUACCCUACUCUCAUCCGCACCAGCUUGAAGAGCAAGUAUUGGGUGAACGAACAGAGGUACGGUGGGAUCUCUGUUGGAGGGAAGCUGCCCAUCCUCAAUGUGGACCCCAGAACCAUCCAGAACGUCUUCAACCAGCUCAGCCGCAUGAUGAAUGUCACGGGGGGUGACUACACAAAGCUCGCCCUGAGAGACUUUGGCACAUUUCUCAGAUACAUGGAGAGUGAAUAUAAUGUGAAGGUGUGGUAUAACAACAAAGGGUGGCACGCCAUGGUGUCUUUCCUGAACGUGGCCAACAACGCCAUCAUGAGGGCUCACCUCCCCUUCCACGCUAACCCCAACGCUUACGGCAUCACCACCAUCAACCACCCACUCAACCUCACCAAAGACCAGCUGUCAGAGGUCACUGUCCUGAAGACCUCUGUGGAUGCCGUGGUGGCCAUCUGUGUGAUCUUCGCUAUGUCCUUCAUCCCGGCCAGUUUCAUCCUCUACCUCAUUCAGGAGCGGGUCACAAAAGCCAAGCACCUGCAGUUUGUCAGCGGUGUCAGCCCAUUGGUCUACUGGGUGGCCAACUUCUUCUGGGAUAUGAUUAACUACUCAGUCAGCACUGCUAUAGUGGUGGGCAUCUUUGUGGCGUUUGACAAGAAGUGCUACACAUCACCUAGCAACCUUCCAGCCCUAGUGGCUCUUCUCCUUCUGUAUGGGUGGUCGGUGACUCCGAUGAUGUACCCUGUGUCGUACCUGUUCAGCGUUCCCAGCACGGCCUAUGUGUCUCUCUCCUGCAUCAACCUCUUCAUCGGCAUCAACAGCAGUGCUGUUACCUUUAUUCUGGAGCUGUUUGAGAAUAACCAGCCGCUGUUGGCGUUUAAUGAGGUCCUGAAGAAGGUUCUGCUGGUGUUCCCCCACUUCUGCCUGGGCAGAGGGCUCAUUGAUAUGGCCAUGAACCACGCAGUCACUGAGGUCUACGCACGCUUUGGGGAGGACUACAGUAUGGAUCCGUUCAAGUGGGACUUUGUUGGAAAGAAUCUGUGUUUCAUGGCUGUGGAGGGGUUUGUGUAUUUCCUCCUCAACAUUCUCAUCCAAUACCGAUUCUUCCUGAAUCACUGGUUGUCGGACGCCAAGGGGCCUCCAGUGAAGGACGAGGAUGAGGACGUAGCCAGAGAGCGGCAGCGCAUUCAAGCGGGCGGCAGCAAGAACGACAUCCUGUUCAUCCGCGACCUGUGCAAGACAUAUGUCGGUAGGAAAAGGCCGGCUGUGGACAGGAUCUGUGUCGGCGUUCCAGCAGGAGAGUGUUUCGGGUUGCUGGGGGUGAAUGGCGCAGGGAAAACCACCACCUUUAAGAUGUUGACGGGGGACACAGACGUGUCCUCAGGAGACGCCGCUGUGACGGGCUACAGCAUUCUCAGCAACAUCCUGGACGUGCACCAGAACAUGGGCUACUGUCCCCAGUUCGACGCCAUCGAUGACUUGCUGACGGGUCGAGAGCACCUGUUCCUGUAUGCGCGGCUACGUGGCGUACCUGAGGGCGAAAUCAACAGGGUGGCAGAGUGGGGUAUCCAGAAACUAGGUCUGUCGGAGUACGCUGAGCGAUGUGCCGGCACCUACAGUGGGGGCAAUAAGCGAAAGCUCUCCACAGCCAUCGCCAUGAUCGGCUGUCCCUCCCUCGUCCUACUGGAUGAGCCUACGACAGGAAUGGACCCCCACUCCCGGCGAUUCUUGUGGACGGCAAUUCUGAGUGUGAUCAGGGAUGGCCGCGCGGUGGUCCUCACUUCACACAGCAUGGAGGAGUGUGAGGCUCUCUGCACACGGCUGGCCAUCAUGGUGAACGGCACCUUCAAGUGCCUCGGCAGCAUUCAGCACCUCAAGUACAAGUUUGGCGACGGUUACGUGGUCACCUUGAAAGUGCGGGCGGCUAAGCCGGGAACUCCCCCAGACCUUGCCCUGGCCGAGACUUUCAUCGAGAGCAGCUUCCCUGGCUGUGUCCAGCGGGAGAAGCACUAUAACACGCUGCAGUACCAGAUCACCUCCUCCUCCUUGGCUCGCAUCUUCCAGCUCGUGCUCUCCAACAAGGAGCGUCUCCACAUAGAGGACUACUCGGUCUCCCAGACCACCCUGGACCAGGUGUUUGUGAACUUCGCCAAACAGCAGGCAGGUGAGGAGGACGACCAGCGGCCUCAGCCGCGGAGAGUGAAGAAGAUCGCCCCACUGAGAGGCUUCGGGAGGAAGAAAUAAAUACAGAUAAGUUAAAGGAACCCCAGAACAGAACCGGAGGAAAACUAGGAAGAAACAAACAGGAAAACUGGGAAAAACAAACAGGAAAACUAGUAAAAAACAAACAGGAAAACUAGUAAAAAAACAAACAGGAAAACUGGGAAAAACAAACAGGAAAACUAGGAAAAAACAAACAGGAAAACUGGGAAACAUACCUGAUACAGAUGGUGAACACUGUUGCGGAUCUGAUGUAGUGUGAUCUCUCAGAACAUUGCACAAGACAGUGUUUACCUUGACUUUCUCAAUGCCAUCCAUUAACUGUGUGACUUUCUGCACAUGAAUGUUGAUUAACAAAAAUGAAUCACCGUGUAAGAAUAUGAAUUAUAAUGUAGCUCCUCACUUUGACCUCAUAGAAGAGAAAGCAUUUGUCACCAUAGCCUGUGAGUUGAAAAGGGAAAUUUAUACUUUUCUGUCCGUGUCAAAUAGCAAAUGCUCUGUAGUCCUCCAGCUGUGCAGCAUCACUGAACUGAAAUAUCUGUGCCACAGGAAUAUAGGAAUACUCACUGGACCCCCUCUCAUCAUGCCAAACCUCAUGAUGGGUCUUAUUAAAGUUGUGAUCCACGCAGCCACAAGUAUAGUAGGUAGAACUGACAGAGUCAUUGACCUACUGUACCACGCAUGGAAAAUUGAGAAGUGGUAAAAACGAAUAGGCCAUUCCAUAGACAUUCUAUCCUUAUUGUAUAAUAAUGUAAAAAAAUGUGCUUGUAAAUUGUUUUUGUCUGUUUCUAAAGAAGUGCUGUAUAUUUUCUUUAUGAUUUCAUGAGACAACCUGACGCAUUUAUUAUGUUGAAACAUGGCCAAAUGGGAUGGUGUGUAACUACUUUUAAAUUAGAACAUCAAGCAUGAGAACAUCAAGCAUGAGACACUAUUAUGAGCAUCAAAAUGAAACAACAUUUAAUUGUACCGCAUUAAGUGUGUGUAGAUUCUCAAGUCUAUUUGGAAGGAUUUUAGGAACACAAGUUGAAAUAUGCGUUCAAUGGCAUGUACAGCUAUGUAAAUACAUUCUGGGUUGGCACUUUGUCGCAUUUGCAGCUUUACAAGUAGAUCGUGUCCAUGUGUGCACUUUCCGACAUGUGCAGAAAUAUUACAUGUGCAAAAGUGCUCGCUAAUGUCUGGAAGCUACUCCUCAAAACUGACAAGUCAACAUCAUCUCUUUCAAAAGUAAAUGAUUGCUUGAGAACAAGGUUUAGCCUUGUCACUGUUUAAGUUGUGUAUAACUUGUCACACACGAAAUGAAUGAAACAUUUAAUUAUUAAAUGAAAUUUUUAAAAAGUAAA